AGUAUACGUACAGUAGAAGUCUCGAUAGCUUUUUCCCAUCUAACUGUGGAAGUAGGUACUAAUAAGUAGGUGAGUUAAAUUUCGUUCACCAUGAAAUUCUUGUUCGUUUUAUUUUUUACGACUGUAUUCUGCGGAAUAUCCGCGGACUUGGAUAAAAAAUGGUGGAAAAAUACGGAAAUAUAUGACAUUGUAGUAUCGGCGUACAAAGAUCAUGAUGGAGAUGGAUUCGGCGAUUUUGAAGGCAUAAUUUCCAAAUUGGAUUAUAUCAAGGAAUUAGGAGUAAACACUAUCAAAUUAUCACCAAUUUUCUCAUGGAGUGAAGGGAUCAGCCCCCCUUAUCCGAUCGAUGACUUCAAGAAUACUCAUUUGAGCGCUGGAUCUUUAGAUGAUUUUGAUAACUUGAUAGCUGAAGCCAACGCCAGAGGAAUGCGAGUUAUACUUGAUUUAGUAAUUAAUCAUUGUUCUAUUGAACACGAAUGGUUUAAAAAAUCGCAAAAUAAGAUCGAGCCUUACGCAAAUUAUUUCAUUUGGACCGACAAUAUUAAAGAUGAAGACUUAUCUGAGAGCCAGGUUUGGAAUCAAGAUGAAACAAGAAAACAAUAUUAUUAUCACCGUUUUGACAAAAGCACCGCUGAUUUAAAUCUGAAAAAUGGAGCAGUAAAAAAAGAAAUUAAGAGCAUUAUGAAAUUUUGGUUGGAUAGAGGUGUUUCAGGAUUUAAUCUGUUGCAUGCAGAAGCUUACAUAGAAGCUGAAUCAGCAAAAGAAAAAGGAUACCCUAGCUUUUUGGAGAUUGAAAAUCGGCCGGAAUCUUAUGAAUUCGUUCACGAGAUUAGAGAAUUUAUAGACAAAUACAAUGAAGAAGAAGAAGGAUCUGAACGAAUAUUAAUAGUUGAAGAAAAACCAGUCCCAGAAUACCCAAAUUUGCAGGGUAACCAUACGUAUCCUAUGGCUCACAUGGUAUGGAGAACUGUCUUUCAAAAAGAUGACGAUGAUGUGUAUUGGUAUUUCAAAUCAGCUAACAUUAAAGGCGUUAUCAAUAACAUCAUGGAAGCGAAUGAAGUUGGUCCUACUAUGUUCAUUUUAGAAGACUCAACUCUAACGAGGACACCUAAUAGAUUUCAAGAUAGGCAGUACCUGGACGUAUGGCUUACAACUUUAUUCACGUUACCGGGCAUCAGGCAUAUUUACUAUGGUCAAGAAAUAGGUCUUUCAUCUUGGAAAUUCUCACCUGUACAAACUACCGCAAUGCAUUGGGACGAAACAAUCAAUUCAGGAUUCACAGAAAGUGAAUUGAUAAUGUAUUCCCCAAAUGUUGAUUACUGGAAAGUCAAUGUUAAGAAACUGAAAGACGCUGAAUACAGUACGCUCAAAUCUGUACGAGAUCUAUUACAUCUAAGAAAAUCCAAAGUUGUACAAUAUGGUGAUUUGAAUACAUACGCAAUUUCGGAAUACAUUUUAGCGUUCACGAGAUCGCAUGGCAAAGAAAAACUCAUCACUAUACUGAAUUUAUCGAAUGUGUUGCAUGAGGUCAACUUAAAACGUGAUAUACCCGAACGCAUUUCAGGAAAAGUGCAGGUCGUUUCUUCUAGUCCAAAUUCAAUUCAUCGUAAAGGAGAUAUCAUUGGUCAGAAAUCCGUAGUAGAGUUGAGACCGGUUUCAGCUGUGGUACUCAGAGUAUAGAAAAAUGGAAUUUGAAAUGAUUGACUUUUCAAAAAUUUUCCUGAAUCGACUAUUUACUACCCGCAUUAAUCUCUGUCAUUCCUCUUUCUAUAUUUUGAAUGAUGUUUGUGCGCAUUUCUUGCAUUGAAUUCGUGAUCAUCUUAAUAGAUAUACAUUUAAUAAUUUAUGAAUGAAUUGUUCAUUGAAAUAAAUUCGGUAUGCAGUGAG